CAAACUGAUAUUCAAGCCAGCAGAACAUAAAGCCACAAUGAAGGCCGGCCUCCUGCUGCUGAUGGUGCUGCCACUCUGUUUGGCGGACUAUAAAAUCCAGUGCUAUGGGGAGGACUUCCUCAUGCUGAGAGACCAGGUUCUGCAAUGCUCGAGCAAAGUUCCUCAGGCCUGCUAUACCAGAGUGUCUGGAGAGAAGGGCUGUAUUAGACUGGAAUUUUGCCAGAGACCAGGCUGGAAGUGUUGCAAUACAAAACUCUGCAAUGCUUAAUUUCAACACCAGAGAGUGCUACAGACCAGAACGAUUCACUGACUAUUUAAACAAAAGCAAAACAAAAACAAUGUGAGGUAUUUCAUUUGCCAUUGCUUAUUUUCUUCUGUAAAAGCAUAAUUUAGCAUAAUAAAUAAUUCAGUAGUAA